UUCUCCGUCUCCUUCUAUAUGUCCACAACUGACUAUAGAACACCAGACUCGCCCUUCCACGACGUCGCCAGUGCGCGUUCACUGUACUGCAGGGAUCCACUCACGUCAGUGCCGGUUCGCUUGGAGGAUAUCCUGUCUCCAGACGUGCAAGCCCUGGUGAAGAAGCUGGAAAGUAAGCAGACCCACGAGACAAUCUACUUUCUUGUGCUGGGAAUGCACUGCAUGGCGUGACUGUACUAAUGUGUACAGAGCAACCCGAUGUGGAAGAAAUCCGAGCACCGCAGACGCCGAGACCAGCAGCAGCACCAGUCGCAGAGGCCAAUCGUACCCCAACACCUAGAUUGCCUCCAUUCACGUUCCCUGAACCUACUCCGGAGCCUCAGCCAGACUUCACUCUAGUCGGCAUCAGCGAGCUGAGCGCGGGGCUUGGUCUUCCGUCCGUGAAAGCCGAUGCCAGUGGAGACGCUUCUACAACUGCGUCUCACGAGUCUCGAGCACAUCCCGGUGCACUGUAUGGUAAGCUAAUUGGAUGGGCACUGGAAAAGCCUCUGACCGCCAAAGGCCUUGCAGACUUUCUACAGAAGCAGGACACAGCCACUCCCACCAAACCGCCGGCUCUAUCAUCGGUCACUCCCACCAAAACUGUUCCUCAGACGACAGAGACAACUCCCAAGAAGUCGCCACCGCGCUUAGCCAAACCCAAGGACACGUCCACUCCGCGCUGCGUCGCCGCACCAGCACCCAACGAGACCAUCACGACCCCCAAAGGCCCAUCCGCGCAGCACCAGCAUCGCCGCAGCUCAGUAUCCACCACCUCGCACCACCUACACAGCCGCAUGCCCUCGCACCGCCGCUUCCCCCGCCGCGCCUCGCGCACAAAGCGCAUGGACCAAGGCCCCAUGCCCUCCUCUGCCGACAUCUACCCCGACGACGCACACCCCCCACUGCCCACCCACGAACACGCACACCCGUGCUACCCGCCCGCCACCCCCAUCAUCGCCAACCCGUUUAACUGGCCCCCGCCCGCACAAGCCUACGCGCCCGAACCUCCGCCCUCGCUCGCCGACAUGCACGCAGCGGACACAGACGUGCUGGCGCUCAUCCACGAGAUGCCGCAGCCGAGCCUGUGCACGCUGGUCCGGCUGGGAAAUAGUCACGAUCUGCGCGCAACGGGUGCGGUGGGCUCGCGCCAUGCUUUGGACGGCGAUGCGAGGGCGCUAUCGCCUGCGCAGCGGGAUGGGAGUCGCUACGGCAUUCGGUUCUGGGGGAUUGGGUACGGAGACUCGUGGGAGGUUGGUGUGGCGGGGACGUUCGAGCAGAGCGAACAGUUUCGCGUGAGGCCGAGGGAGCAUGAGGGGUGGGGCGGGCGGCAGUGGGCGCGCGUGCGGGGAUGGGGGGCUUGAUGUUGGUGAUGGGAGGGAGACGCUGGGUUCGUCGGUACGAUGGGCUCAGGGUGUUGUCGGCGGUUGCGCGGUGUGGUGCGGGAUGGUGCUGGGAGUUGGGUUC